AUGCCCGAGGAGCUUCAUCUCGAGCACGACGACCAGUCUGCGCAUACCCCGACACCCCUCACUGCGGUCGCUGUAGCGAAGGAACAGUCCACUUCACCCUUGGACUCCCUGCUUUCCCCCAGAAAGCCUGAUGCCCAUUUCUCUAUCCGCCAGUCCGUCGCUGCGUCAGACGCAACUGACGACGAGGCUCGCUUCUCGACUGUUGAGCUCAGUAGUGGAAGGGAAUCCGCUUCUGUCUCAUUAACCCCGAGUUCCUCCACGCUUGCCCAGGAUGACCGCAGAAACACUGUUGGCUUGCCUUCCCCAGAUGCUGCUGCUCACAAUCUGAAUGAUUUCAGACAACACAAGAAGACGGCAUCGACUUCCACCAUCCUCUCAGCCAGCAACGUCCCCUUCAUGUUGUCCCAGAGAGAACAUGAUGAUAACCACACCAAUUCCUCCCGGAACAGUGUGGACAGUCAGCGGAUGGUGCAGGAGGAGUUCUCCCGAAGGCACAGCGCCUUACAGGAGCAAGGGGCGAUGGCAGACCCAGAGGAGAGCGCCAUUGACUGGGACUUCUGGGGAGAUGUUGUAUCAGAUUACCAAAAGUUCGCAUCCGAGCAUCCACAAGAAUUGGCGAAAGCAAUAGAGAAGGGUAUACCCAAAGCAUUGCGCGGCAUGAUCUGGCAGCUAAUGACUGCUUCGAAAGAUCCCGAGCUUGAAAGCACGUAUUUGCGAUUGCUCAAGGAUACAAGUCCGCAUGAAAAGGCAAUCACGCGCGACCUCGGGAGGACGUUUCCGCAUCAUACCUUCUUCAUUGACCGCGGGCUCGGUCAAGAGAAUCUCUUCAAUGUACUGAAAGCCUACUCUCUAUAUGAUACGCAGGUCGGAUACUGUCAAGGCCUACCGUUCGUCGCAGCCAUCCUGCUACUACAAAUGCCGGAUGAAGAGGCUUUCUGUCUGCUUGUUCAAUUGAUGCAGUCGUAUGGUCUAAGAGGGCAUUUCCUGCCUGAAAUGCCGAAACUACAGCUGCGACUUUUUCAGUUUGAACGGUUGACCGAAGAACUCGCCCCAGUGAUACACGUCCACUUCCUGAGGCAGGGUAUCAAGUCGAACAUGUACUGUUCGCAAUGGUUCCUGACCAUGUUCAGCUAUCGGUUUCCGCUAGAGAUAGUCCUCAGGAUUUACGACAACUGUCUGGCCAAUGGGAUCGAAGCAUUGUUCGCAUUUAGCAUCUCGUUGCUCCUGAAAAACGAGGCCACUUUACUCUCGCUCAAGUUCGAUCAGCUCCUGGCCUUCUUAAACAAUCGGAUAUACGAGGUGUACCUGUUGGAUGAGCCUGCCUCUGAAGGCGAGGGCGAAUCAGUGGCCAAGUACAAAGUGGACGAAUUUGUCCAAGAUGCCAUGUCAUUGAAGAUCACCCCGUUCAUGCUAGAUUCGUAUACGCGUGAAUACGAGGAGACUGUGCGUGCGCGGGAAGCCCACGCCGUGGAAAUGGAUGCGCUCCGGAACAGCAACCGUAGUUUGUCCGCACAAUUAAAGCAUCUGGAGACCAGCAUGUCACAGCUAAAUACUGAGCACUGCGAGCUCCUGAACGAGCUUGUGAGGGCACGGCUGAAGCACGAAGAACUUGAGUCUGAGCUCGUGAGAUACAAGCUCCUAUAUGCGGAAGCCAUGCACCAGAGCGAGGAUGCGAUGUCCUCACACCGUUUAUCUACGAUGAGCAGUCCCAAUAGAAGAGGUUCGAACAACGGUUAG